UUGGUGGUGAUUACAACAUGAGCUUGAAUCCCGAAGCGUCGAAGCUGUUCCGUGUGCGUAAGACUGUCGUCAAGAUGCUGCACAACCGAGGGUACAUUGUGAGCGAAGAAGAGCUCCAUCGGACCCCGGAAGGAUUCAUUGGGCAGUUCGGGGAGAACCCGACCCGAGACACGAUGACGAUUCUGGUCGAGAAGGUCGACGACCCGUCCGACAACUUGUUUGUGUUUUACCCUGAAGACGCCAAGGUGGGGGUGAAGCCCAUCCGUAACUACUGCAACCGCAUGAAGGACGAGAACGUGACCAAGGCCAUCUUGAUUGUCCAGGAUGGCAUCACGCCGUUUGCCAAGCAAGCACUCAACGAAAUGGCGCCUCGCUACAAGAUCGACCAUUUCAAGGAAAACGAGCUGCUGGUGGAUAUCACAGAACACACGCUCGUGCCGGUGCACAAGGUGCUGACAAAAGAGGAAAAGCUGGCGCUGCUCAAGCGGUACAAACUCAAAGAUACCCAGCUGCCCCGCAUGCAGGCCAGCGACCCCAUCGCCCGCUACUACGGCAUGUCCCGUGGCCAAGUGGUCAAGAUCAUCCGGCCUAGUGAGACGGCCGGGCGGUAUGUCACGUACCGAGCCGUCAUGUAACACGGGACGACGACGACGACUGGGAUUGAAUAUGAUAUCGCCUAUGUAUUAACAGUAGACUUGCUUGGCAAUUUUGCAC